AUGUCUGACAAUGCUAAAAGAAUUGUAUGUGGUAUAGAAGGACAUAAAACCAUGCUAUUAAGCCAAAAAAAAGGGACAGAUCAAAGAAAUAUCUAUACUAUAGACUUCAGUGCUCUUGAAAAUCUUCCCGAAGUCAACCGAAGCAUAAUACAUCAACCAGAACCAAGUCAACAAAUUUCUGCAAGUAGUUGGUCAGGUGAAGGUAUGUCGUGAAAAUUUAUACCGUAUAUUAAGACCCUUUUGAAGUUUGACAUUCGACUAAUAAUAAAUGCUUAGCUCUACAUGAACUGAUUUGGUGUAAUUAUUUAAUGUUUUUGACUUUUUGGCAUGUAUUAAAACUCGUCACGACUCAGACAGUCAACUCAAAGGUUUGUUGAUUUUAAUUUUAUAUGUUUGUAUUUAUAAUACUGCAGUUGGUGUCAGUGUGAUAGAAGAUACUGUGUCAGGUAAAGAAGCAGUAGAUGUUGAUAAUGAUGGAGAACCAGGAGAAGAAGCAUUUCUCGAGGAAUACGCUGCCGAGGGUUUGAUAGAGGAAGUCAGAAGUCGCCCUUGCUUGUGGAACACCUCGUUGAGGGUUUACAAAGAAGCAAACAGAAAGAAAAUUGCAUGGGAACAGAUUGCUCAAAAAUUUAGCAAAGAUGGUUAGUUUGUGUAUAUGAUUAUUUAUACUGUCAAUAGUGAUUAAUUAUACUGUCAUUUUAAUUAUAUUAUUUAAUUAUGUCAAUUUAAUUAAUUAAUUAUACUGUCAACAGCCGUGCCUUCAUCUGUAGUCCCGGAUAGAACGGGCCAUUCCAUGUAAUAUAGGCCACCCCCUAUUGAGUGGUCUAGAUUUCCAACAAGGGAGGGGGUCUUUUAUUUAAAUUUUCCACAAAAUGGCCCAAUACACUCAAUGUUGCCAUCUGAUAUUACUGUUUUUGUUGUGUUUCUGUUUUUGUUAUGCAGCUCAGGUUUUUACCUUUUGUGAACACUAUAUUCUUAAAAAGUAAAAACAUGUUGUGUUUAGUUAUAAAUAAUAAUAAGUAUAUUUACUCAGCCUGCAACAGCCUGAAAAGGUUUUCCAGAAGGUUUCCUUCUCCCUAACACAUGCUGAUGCUUGUCUUUAAUAAUUAUCAUAUUUUUUGUUUUCUACAGUAGUUGAUUUUCUGAAGCUUCAGUGGAAGUAUUUAAAAGACAAUUUGAAACGAUGUCUUGACAGGCGAAACAGGGAAAUGAGAUCUGGCGCAGCUGCAUGUAAAACGUCGACAUGCAAGUAUUUUGAAAACUUAGCAUUUCUGCAGGAUAAAAUUGCAAAUCGAGAUACAGUUAGCAAUGUGAAACUUGGUUUAGGAUCAACAGCAGAUUCAUCUUUGUUGCCAGAGCAACCUGUAGUUACAAUCAAAGAUGAAGAAACACCAUCUGUCAAGAAAAGAAAAGAAAAGCAUUGGACGGUGUUAUAUGUUCUCAUGAAAACAGACCG